AUGGCGAUCGUCCUUCUGAUCAAUCUCCCAUGUUCCUUUGCUGCAUUUGUCGUUCUCUUCUUUUCGAUGGACUCGGUGCAGCCGCAGGCCGUGGGAACUGAUCAGGGAAGCACUAUGGACUGGAUUGGAACCGUCGCCAUCAUUGGGGUCACCGUCAUGAUCCUGCUCAGUCUGGACUUUGGCGGGGUGGUCUCGCCCUGGGACUCCCCGAAGGUCCUAAGCCUUCUUAUAGGUGGCUUUGUGUUGUUGACAUUUUUCGUCUUCUGGGAGACCAGAGGCGCGUCGAACCCUCUGGUACCAUCCCAUCUAAUGGACCGCACGUCCAAAGUCAGUCCAUUCAUGGUCUGCCUCACCCACGGGUUUGUCAACGUCUCAUCGUGGUGUUUCUUGCCCCUUUCCUUCCAAGCCGUGCAAGGAGCUUCCCCAACCCUUUCUGGCGUUCUCAUAAUGCCUAUCGUCGUGGUCCAAGCCAUGACAGGUCAUGUUGCGGGCGCCAUAACAUACCACUUCAGCUGGAUCCGCUCGCUUAUAUGGGCAGCAAUUGCUCUUACGACGCUUGGUUUCGGCCUCUUCAUCAGUAUUGGCACAUCGAACUCCCUUGUCCUCAUGGUGAUUAUCGAAAUCGUGGCUGCUCUUGGAAUAGGCAUCACCUUCCAGGCCCCACUAAUAGCGCACCAGUUAGUCGUUGACUCGGCAGAUAUGGCGGUGGCAAAGGCACUAUUCGGCUUCAUUCGCAGUCUGUCGACGUCCAUCUCAGUGGUCAUAGGCGGCAUUGUUUUCCAGAAUAGUAUGUCGACGCAAAGCAAACACCUGAGUGAUAUUCUAGGACCACAACUGGCUCAAAACUUUUCGGCCACGACGGCAGCGACCAAUGUAUUGAUAAUACGCACACUACUUUGUACCAACGGACGGAGGUGA